CCUUCGGCUUAAAACCACUAACGAGCCCAAUAAAAAAAGAGGUGCGAGUUGGAUCCAAGCGACAAGGAAGGGUUUUCAGAAGAGUGAAAGGGCCAAGGGCUAGCGUUUUCGCAAGACGCAACACAAAGUUAGACGAAAAGGGAAAACUCUCCAUUCUCGGGCGCGUGGCUUUCGAUUCUAAUCCGCGUUUCCAAUGGCCUUCAACAGCGCACUCAGAUCUGCCACAAAGCUAAUCGCUUCUUCCGAAUCCUCCCUCUCUAACUCAGUGAGCAGAGGUUUUCAUUCAACCGGCAUGAAGAGGAUGGGAGGUGGACAUGGCCAUGGUGAGCCAGAUUAUAUGCAUGCAAAGCACAUGUACAACUUGGACAAGAUGAAGCACCAGGGGUUGAAAAUGUCCCUUGCAGUGCUCUCUGCUUUCAGCAUUGGUGUUGCAGUUCCUGUAUAUGCUGUCAUUUUCCAGCAAAAGAAGACAGCUUCUGCUUAACUCAUCUUUACUUCAUCGCAGCAAUAAGUUGGAUUUGGGGAUCCUAGACUAGCCUAUUAGUUUUGGUUUCAUGAUUGUUUUGAACUUUGUUUAUGUUCAACCUUCUAUAUGGAAUGUCCAUAUAUAUAUCUCAUAAUCAAUUUCUCUGCACUACCAAAUACUUGUGCACUACCAAAUACUUGUGCUGGGACACCUUCAUGUUUUGCACGUGUGUUUCAUGCGGUUUAUCAAUAGUUUGAUAAUUUGGUAAA